CCUUGGUGUGUGACUGCCAAUUUGAUAUGAUACAAAGAACAAAAGUUAAUAUCCUUGAAUUUUCAAAGUUUAACAGAUUUUAAUGCAUAAUAUCUCAAAUACAUUAAGAGAAGCUUCUCAGUUCAGAAUCUCCCCAUUCCCUAGAUCAGCAGUUCCUUGUCAGUGGUUUGUGACUACCAAAUUAAUAUAAAAGAAAGAACAAAAGUAGAUGUCCUUGAAUUUUGACAGUUUAACACCGAAUGCACUUACUAAACGAAACUGGAAACGUUCAGUUUUCAUAGAAAUAUCGGAAACGUUCAGUUUUCAUAGAAAUAUCGGAAAGACUUUUGGCAAUAUUAUUUCCUAAUGUUCUGAAGUUUAAUAUUUGCGAUCAUGAACGCACGCAUUGUAUAAACAUAUAGAGUUUUACACUAAAGGAGUUUUAAUGCUGUGUACAUAAAUUUUCAUGAUAAUUAAAACUAAUAGCUAUAAUUUUACAUACGUAUAUGUAUGUAUGUAUGUAUGUAUGUAAAGGCAUUCACACGGCAAAGUCUGAGGGCGUUGAAAGACUCGAAUUCCUUCACAAAAGCGCUUACAAUGUAGGUCAUGGAGCAUUGAUGGGUGCUCAUCGUGUCCUAUUACAAAUCAGACAGCACACAUGACAUUGACAUUGUUUCAUAAGAGAGAGAGAUGAUAAGUUUCUGGGCGGGGGAGGGGCGGCUUGGGAUUUCGUCUUCAAGACACUUCCCGAUUUCAUUAUACCGUACAAUUAUGUUUUUAUCUCGUUUCUGUUUCGUCAGCAGCGGCUGCAAACCAACAGCAGUCGACUGACUGUCCACUUCAUGAGUCAGCAGAGGAUGCGUGUCUGCCGGCUACUAGCAGUGUUCCUUUGUUCCUUAUGGAAGACGAUGAUACCUGCCUCAGAUGCUGUCAUCACAACUGACCUUUUCUUCGCUCUGCCCCACAUACCCAGAGCCAAUGUUGAAAUGGUCAUACCUUAUGCCAAGAGUACCGUGAUGUGCUUUGGGGCAUGCGCUAGUCGCCAGCCCUCUUGUCAGGGAUUCGUUGUGAACGGCGCUGACUUGGCUAAGCCAUGUAAACUUCUGAUAGGCCUAAACGGCGUGAAGAUCCCUGCCACGCCUCGCGUCAAAGCCUACGUCACCAGAAUCAUCGACGGGCAGGUCAUUCACUACGACACCACACUAAGAAACUGGAUAGACGCCAGCACAUACUGCGCAAGUCUGAAGAAGCAGCUCAUCAGGCCUGCCACUGUGAUUGCAAACGCGGCCGUCUUGGAAGCCAUGAAUCUCCUGUACAUGUUUGUCGGUGCAACAACUGACCUGGCUGCCCCAAACUUUGUUCGUGACCUCUACGACAACCAGCAGAUGCCCGUGACUUGGGCCACUUGGCGAAAGUACUUGGGGUCUCCCAAAGUAUACUUGGGCUUUGUCCAAGGCGCUUUCGAGGAUCUCAAUGAUUCCUGGAUCCCAGACGCCACGGUCACUGUAUGUAUGCCAAAACCCUAAAGGGUGUAUAUAUAUUUCAAGUAUAAAAGGCCAUUGGCGAAAUAUAUAGUGGGAGAAAUGCCAUCACGUGAUACCUGGGGUCGUCACUGAGCUGCCGUGGGUUCUGUUAACUGUCCUAAUCCUCUUCAUCGUUGCCUUAAGGAAGACAUUGUCUAUGUGGUCAGAAUCCCAGGCUCCAUUAGAAAGGUUGAUUCUAUUAUCUUGUUGUUUUAUCAGUGAAGAAUCCACCAUUUGGCAAAGAACUUGAAACAUUCAGAAAUCAACUUAUCUUGUUAUAAAUAAGGUAAUGAGGGACAUUUUACAGUUAUUCAUAUGGCCUAGUUAAAACUCAUAAGGAAAACAACCGUAUGUGGCCAAUUAUUACUACUGUAGGAUCAAAUGCUUAUAAACUAUCUAAAUAUAUCACUAAAUUCUUAUCCCCAUUACUUGAAACUGUAUCUAAUUCACACAUCCGGAAUUCUCUUGAUCUUCUGGAAAAAUUAAAUAACAUUGUAUUAAACCCUGGUGAUAUCUUAUUCAGUUCUGAUGUAUGUUCCUUGUUUAUAAAAGUCCCUAUUGACUCUGUGCUAGAAUAUUUCAGUAAAUAACUUGUAUUGCAUGAAUUACCUAUGUCCUUUGGUCACAUAAUUUCAUUGAUUAUGUUGUGUAUUUGUGAUUGCAGAUUUACUUUUAAUGGAAAAUACUACCAACAAAUAUUUGGAAUGGCCAUGGGUAACCACUUAUCACCUCUCCUUUCAAACUUAUAUAUGGAAUCUUUUGAAAGACAACACCUCCCCUUGACAUGGUUCAGAUAUGUAGAUAUUUUAGUAGUCUUACCUGUUGGUAUCUAUGUAAAAGAUUCAUCGCCAAAAUUGAAUAAUUUAGUGCCAUCCAUAAAAUUAACUGUUGAAAUUGAAAAUAACGAUGUCAUCCCAUUCCUAUAUAUAUAUUAAUAAUACAUAAAGUCUUUCCUAUGUAAAUUCAGUAUUUAUAGGAAACCCGCAUAUAAUUUAACAUACGUACAUGCUUAUUCUGGCCACCAUCUAGAUAUUAAAUUUUCAAUUUUUUCUUCCAUGUUCUUACGUGCUUUGCGGAUUACGUGUCCACAAUAUCUUGACCAAGAUAUAGAAUACAUAAAAAAGAUAGGAAAUUAUUUCAGCUACCCACCUCAUAUAACUGAUUUGUUAUUAAAAAUCUCACAAAAAGUUUUAUAGUGUUGUAAAUAAUGAAAAAGAAGCCUCUAAAAAUGUACUUAGUUUGCCUUACUUUCGUGGAUUUGAAACCAUAAAAUCAAUAUUUAGAUCUUAUAAUGUUAAUGUUGUGUUCUCUUAUAACAAUGCCAUUAAGUGUAUCCUAAUUGAGAAUAGUCCCAUAACAAAUAACAUCAUCAUUUACAAAAUUCCUAGUAAGGAUUGUCCUUCUUUUUGUUGGUCAAUCAAGCAAAGAUUUAGAUGUAAGAAUAAAGCAGCGUAUGCAUUCAGUUAGAACAGCGAAAAAUAUCAUUGCAUAAAUUGGGGCGAUAGCUAUGUAAUUCUAGGUCUAAUGAUUAUGUUUCAAGAAAUUUUCUGGAACCAGCAAUUAUAUAAAUCACUAAUAAAAAAAAAGUACCUAAAUCCUAGUCUGGGAUUGUACCAUUUGUCCGAACCCAUAUAUUGGUAAAAUGUUUAUGAAGGACCUAAACCUCGCCCCCCUGGACCCCCUAUUAAAGGAAACCUAAAAUAAAGAUUAUUAUGUU